AUGUACCAAUAUAUGUCAUCAGGUCCAAGCCGAAAAUCGGAACAACAGCAUUUCGAUUCAUCCCAACUGGUCCAGACACAACAGCUACAAGCUCAGCCGAUAAAAAGUCAGACCGUAACACAGACUCAAGCCCAGCAGCAGCAGCAGCAGCAACAACAACAACAACUUCAGUCUCAGCAACGACGAUCUCAGCCUCUUCAGUCCCAAUCCCAAUCCCAAUCUCAGUACACCUACCCAGUAAGCUAUGAACCGCAAGGAAUGGCAAACAUGCACAGCUCGCAAGCAGCUUCGGCCGCCAACGAUGCUGCACGAACGUCUCCAAAUAAUGUUGCACAGUCAGUUCCAACAUAUCAAAGUUAUCAAGGCCAAGCCAGUUACCCUUAUCAAGGCAUGUACACGCAGUAUGGUGCUACAGGGACAGCAGCGAGCAAUCCCUCUUUAAACUCUGCAGAUAAUGUCGUGAGGUCUACAAAUAGCUCUUCGCCAGCCUAUGGGUCCGUAUACUAUCCCGGUAGUUAUGGAACCACCACUUCGGGUGCGCAUGUGGCAAACCAAACUACGGGGUACUAUCAGCCAGGAUAUCCUGUACAAUAUAUGUAUGGGGCUGCUGGUCCCCCGGCAAUCACUGCAAACACAUCCGUAACGUCCGAUAUGCAGCAUUCGGUGCUUAAACCCAAAAUUGCUACUACAAUGUGGGAAGAUGAAAAGACAUUAUGCUAUCAAGUAGAAGCCAAUGGAGUUAUCGUGGUCAGACGGGCGGAUAACGACAUGAUCAAUGGAACUAAGUUAUUGAAUGUUACUAAAAUGACCAGAGGACGAAGGGAUGGAAUUUUAAAGUCUGAAAAGGUUCGCCACGUGGUUAAAAUCGGAUCACUACACUUGAAAGGUAUAUGGAUUCCCUUUGAUAGAGCGUUGGCCAUGGCGAAGCGUGAAGGAAUUUAUGAUUUGCUCUACCCCAUUUUUGUCAAAGACAUUGCUCGGUUAAUUCAGCAGGGUACUCCCGUUUCCGAUGACCCAAAGCUUAAUGGUAAUCUAGAUGUGUCCGAUUCUUCACGGUCGUUAUCUUACUCAACCUACAACAGUCAGCCUCAGAAUCAGUCUGCUACGCAACAGAUCCCUCAGAAUCAAUAUCAAUCUAGUUCACAAUCUGUUUCCAGAGCACCGCCUUCUCACUCCUCCUCCUCCCAAUCACGAUCAACUCAGUCAUCUCAGGUUCCCCCUCAACAACAGUCACUGUAUUAUUAUCCGGGGUAUGUGGAUCAAUCAUUCUACUCCAGGCAAGGAGCACAACAACCCCAGUCCCAGGUUCAACAAUCUUACUAUCCUUACUACUCGCAGGUGCCAUAUUUUCAGAAGCAGACAUCCACAAAUAACGGAUCUUCUUUUCAAGACCCCAAGUCGAGCGAGGCUAAGCAACAACAAAAACAACAACAAAAACCCAUCCCUCCUUCUUCUUCUACUCAAUAG